AUGAAGAGCAAAGCCAGAGGCACUAUUCUGCCUCUCCAGCAGGCCGAAUUCGACGCCCUGCCCUAUUCGGUCCAGAGAAAGUACUUUUCAUCCCUGGAGCGUCUGCAGAUCCAACAGCAGUCGGUUGAAGAGCGUGGCGAGCCUACAUCAGGCCGCUCGUCCCAGGCCAGCAGCUCCUCCAAACCCCACCGCCCACAGCUGUCUCUCGGCACCGGACGACGCAAACGCAAACCAGACAAGGCCCUCCAACAUCACGACACUUUCCAAGUCGAUCUCGACUUCUAUCUGGCCCUGCCCGAAAAGGUCCGCAAACAGCACUUUUCUCGCGAGGAAGAGCAGGUGCUGCUGCAGCGCUCGCGCCAUACCACCGACCAAGAAUCUGAGUGGGCACAGCAACGCUUCGACGACUUCCACUUUGACUUUUCCGAGACUGCCGCCAUCGACGUUCCAGAGCGCGGUCGCUCACGUAGCCGCUCAUCUGCCUCAUCUGCCUCAUCUGCCAUCAGUCCAUCUCGUACUCCCUUCGCAUUCGGCCCAUCUGCGGACGACCAGGACAGGCCUAGUAAUUCGUUAUAUCUCGACAUGAUGGGCACUCCUAUCUUCACACGGAGAGAAACCGCACCCACCGACGUGAGAAGGACAAUGUCUCUUACUACUAAUCCACUGCGUCACGGGACUUCUGCUUCCCUCACCAUGGCAGACAUCCCCCCACCUUCCACGGCAAUCGCUGAACGUCACCAACGUGCUCAUUCGUCCUCACUGUCGGCCCGCAGAAUGUCACACACACCCACUCCCGUCUUCGACCCAGAAGCCACCUACUACCAGGACCCAGAGGCGCGGAAGAAGCUACGCAUGUACCUUGCAUCACCGCAGAAGUUUGACGAAGCCAUCGAAUUCGGCUUCCCAUCGACACCAGGAAACGACAACGUGACACCGCAUUACCAGCUUCCCCAUAUCGUCAGCCAUGCCCGGAAGUUCAGUCGGGACAUGCAUACAUUUCUGCGAGAUGGCCACCUCUCCUUCUUUGAAGAUACGAGCAACGACAAUCAGGGCCUCGAGUCAGACGACGACUCAGUAGCGGAUGUCAACUCGCCCGCCACACCCUCCAGCACCAACCUAUCAUUUCGCCUGCACUCGCGCCAAUUCUCAAAUCGCAAGUACUCUGUCGAAUCACCUGCGCCGUCGCCCAUUUCGGCCAAUGGCCAGCUCAAUCGCGAAAUGACGCUCCGGAUGACGCUUACACGGCCCGAUCUGCGAGCUGACGAGGAUCAAUUAUACGGGUGGCAAGCCUCAUCCUCCUCGUCACAUUCAGCCUCUCCAUCCUCCAGCACGAAAGCGGCAAUUCCCGCCCCCAAGGACGACCCCUUGGCGCUUGAAGACCUCGUCUUUUCAGACGACAUGACAGGUACCAAGGGCGCUUUUUAUAUCAAACCUAAACCACGCGGUAACCUUGUCACUCGCAUGCUGAAGCGAGCUAGUCUCAAGAGUCGUUGA